AUGAUCAUUAUUGGGUUAGCCAUCGAGACAUUUAUUAAAUGCACUGUUGAGUGUAGGAUGAAAGGUCCUUCACCAAGCGAGAGGGAAGGUUUGCAGAGAGAACUAAACUAUCGAGACCAGAAUCUCACCGAGAUUCCUAAAGAGAUCUUCAAGGAGCCACUGUUCUCACAAAUAUUCGAAAUCGAUGUUCGGGAAAACCGAAUAUGUAAAAUACCUCCAGAAAUAGGAAACUUCCGACAGUUAAGAAGACUUUACUUACGUAACAACGAAAUUUCGUCUUUACCUCAGGAAAUCAGGAAUUUAUGCCUACUCCAGGAUCUUGACGUAAGUAACAACAACAUUACUUGGCUGCCCGUAGAAAUCGGAGAUUUACGCGGGCUUAACAGGCUUGAUGUAAGUAAUAAUAGGCUUCGACGACUGUCUAUCAGAAUGGGAGGAAUGACAAACCUUCAAGAACUCUUUGCUGGAGGUAAUAACCUAUGUAGCAUACCCAAGACAUUUACGAGAUUCAAGUAUCUCGAGAAACUCGACCUGAGCAACAAUCUGUUUGAGGAGAUACCAGAGGUGGUGGGAAGGAUGCGGUGCCUUGAAAAGCUUGACAUGAGAGGCAACAGGAUACAGAGGGUGAGGAGGAGCGUUGCAGAAAUGCUCUUCGACAGCGAGAUGCUGGAGAAGAUCGACCUGCGGGGGAAUGAGCUGAGGAGGGAGAGCGACUCUGAGUGGGUUGGAUGGGAGGAGCUCGAGGAGAUGUUCAAGGACCAAGUGCUUCUGUCGCAGCUGGGAAGACCUGGGAUUGACGAUGUGGAGUGA